UCACUCACUCCAAGUUCUCAUCUACUUUGACUCCUCUCCCUGUCCAGGGAGAGGAGGAAGGGCCUCACAUAAGUCACUGGGGGGCACACCCCCUUUGGAUUUCUUAUUUCUUCCUUCGACACUUGGCUUGAAGCUCCUCAGUACCCACAAAUCUCUCCAGUGGUGGCCACAGCCUUUUCCCUUCUACAUCCCAAAUGCUGGCUUCGGGCCAUACUUUGGACUCGUGGUGUCUGGAGAGAUGACCAUGGUCAGGAGGUUGUUGAAAUGGGUUAGGCAAUUUUGGCAAAAGAUGACCGGCUGGGUCCUGUUCUGGAAAUGUAAAGCCAAGCGAAGCGUGUCCGAGCAGCCCAAGAAACAUCCGUUGAAGGGAGUGGAGAAGACUUCAAUGGACUUUGACAUUGUAAAGUUGGUCAAGCCCCACAAAGAGUCCAAGGUCUCUGACCUGGAGGUGUGCCCAGGGGAGCUUGAGCCCUGUGUGCUGGCCACGGCCAAGGAAAGGCCUGCUGUGCACCCUGAGAGUCACGAGAGUCAUUCUCUGAUACGGCUGUCCCAGACCGUAGUCCACUCAGUUUCCACGCUGAUGUUCUCGGCGCUGCAGUCUGGCUGGCAAUUGUGUAGGUGGAAGUCUUCUAUAAGUUCUGCCUCAGUUUCCUCUCGAAUGAGGACCCGGUCGGCCUUGGAGACGCCAGAGGCUGAGAUGCUGCGGGAAGUGUACCUGGUACUCUGGGUAAUCCGCAAACAGCUGAGGGAGCUGGCCCGCAGGCAGGAGAGGCGCAGGCGGCGGCGCAUGCGGUCCCACGCUUCCCACACAUCCCGCCACUCCGAUCCAGUGCAGGGCCUCAAACAGGAUGCCCGAAGUCCCCUCUAGGCAGAGGAGCCCCGGAUCCUUAGGAAGCCUCCACUCACUCUCAAGAAAGGUGGGCAGGAAGGGUUCAAGGGCCGUCAGGCCAGAGUUGCUGGUGAGGAGACGUUUGACCAUCCUGUCACCUCUCAUUGGAAGCCCAAGACCAGGCCUGGGGUCGAACAUACUCCCCUUCUCUGUGUUUAUUCAGUUUGUAAAAAAAAAUUAUCUAAAUAUUGAGAAAUAAAUAUCGCCUGUUUCUGAGUA